AUGGAACCAAGUGAGUGAGUUUUAUCGAGUAAUUAUAAAUGAAUGAAUGAAUUAAAUAAUGUGUUGCCAAAUGUUUAUACAGUGAGCAAUAAUAUUGCAAUUGAACUGAUCAGUACAGGCUCUUAUUUUUACGGUAACAUGACUAUCGGCUGUAUUCUACACGCUCACGCUCACACUCAAACUGGAGUUCAAUCUAAGUUUCCUUGAGUGUCAGUGCUGUUUUGGAAUAGCUGAAGGUUAGUGUCGCACAUUACUUACUCAGUACUCACCCUCCAGCUAUUCAAAAACAGCAUUGACUCUCAAGAGAAGCUCAGAUUGAACCUCCACUCUUUGAGUGAGCUUUUAGAAUACAGGCGUAUGUCUUUACGAUUAUGGAUUGCUUAUGUUGUGUGUAUGCCUUUGCUUUGCGAGUUUCACGACGCCAUCUUACCAAGUGGGGGAAACACAAUGGUUAAACUGUGACAUUGCCUCGUACCAAUACUCUUGUCCUAAUAGGGUCAUGGUAUAUUGUUGCUCUGUUGUGUUUACCCCACUCAGUUACCGCGAGAUCCACCGAUAGGGAACUCUGAUAAGACUGCAUUUGUAUAAGGACGCCAUUUUGAUAACACUUACGUAUAAACGAGCAUGUUGGUCAGCGGUGCAUAUAGUUAUGACGUCAUGAGUUGAAAUACGAUGACGUCAUAUAUCAAGCACUAUUAUAUCACAUACACGAGAAUGCCACCCUUCUAGACUAUGUUAAUAUGUUAACAGUUAGUCAUAGUGCCGAGAGGAAAAACAUGCUAGGUGAAGCGUACCGUCAUUAAAAUGAUUAGUAAUAUCAACUUCCUGUGUUUGACAGUAAGAGAGAACACGAAGUGUAGUCGAAACUGAAAAUGUCUUACAGUAUUCUAUAAUCAGCAGUCGUUAUGUGUACAAUAUAAGUGUUUUCCCGUUAUAGUAGGAGUAUAAUGUAGAUUAAUUACUGAUACAGUUUCGCAGUGGUGGAAUAAUUGGCAUUAUUGGUCUGGAUUCAGUACAGCCGCGUGGGGUAAUUUGCUACAAAAUCGUAAUUCCGACAAGGUCUAGUUAACUGCUACGCCAGACUUUAUAGUUUAAAAUAACAGAUUCACUCAAUCACGUUUUACUGAUCUGUUCAAUAUUCCUCACGAGCGAUCAAAAACCACUACGAGUGUUCAGUGUUGAUAUAACUGUGUAUCAAUACGGAAAAAAUGUUUUAUAUUUGUUUUAUAAUAUAGCACAAAGAAACAUAAAGAAAUAAAUUUUCCAACGUUUCCGUGUUGACAUUGAGUUAUAUCAAAAAAGGCUCUUAGCCAAUCAGCGUUCAGAAUUUACAAAUGCUAUAUACAUCCACUUAAUCUCUUCAUACUCAUAUAACAUUUCAUCAAAUGGUAAAAUUGGGUAAAAGUAGGAACAGCGACCAGAUUUCUUCAACAAAGUUAUCACUUUCCUGUUCGAAGAUUCAAAAUACAAGAGAAGCGAAUUUUAUCGGGCAAGCAGGAAUAUUUUUGUCAAGUCUUACUAACGUUCGUUUUGUAAGACGUGCAGUGUUUCAAUUCCUUUACAGAAUCAUCUUUAAAGAUAUGAAAAAUUAUACCCGGGAACAACAUGUGAUGCCUGUUUGGGAACACCUACGUACCAAUUAAUGUACCUUAAAAUGUACUUCGAAAAUCCACAAUCAGCAUGCUGGUAGUUGUAAAAUAUACUCAUGGCUCACAUCUUUGAGAGAGUAAAUCUAUUUCAAAGACAUUAUUUCAUGAAUUAAAUAAUCGAUUCAUGUACUGAACUGAAAGAGAAGCUGAUUUUGAUUGAGAAGAUGUUUCUAAGUUUUCUUUCAUCAAGUUUUAGCGGUUAACACAACCAACCUAGCCCAAUGUAAAGCAUGCGUGGUUUCCCCUAUUUCCCCUAAUCCCAACCUCCGCUAUAGAAAGCUGUCUUAUUGGUCCAGCCCAGAGUGUUUGCCUUCAUUAUUUGUUGAUAACACUCCUAACAAAGACUAUAACCCUCCAUACUACACGCCCCCUCGUGACGUAGGCCUAUAUCAUAAUAACCACCGGCAAACAUGAAAUAACGCGAAUUAGCCAGGAUAUGCAUUUAUAAGAGGUCAUUAUUGGGUUAUUGAACAUUUCUAUUAACGGAAAAUGGACUGAGUUAAUAUAUAAUAUCACUAACAUGUGAAGGAUAUUGUCUGGAAUGGUUGAUAAAAGUAAAGGUAUGGGAUUAAGGUUAUAUGAGUAAUGGGUUAUAUAUUAUAUAGACAGUGUGACGUUGUGUCUUAAUUUGCAUUCACAUCCCCUCUAAAGGAUUAUGAAUAACACUAUAAUGUCUAUAUUGGCGACGAGAUUCGUAUUGAUACCCUUGGUAUAGUACGAUGUUAUCAUGAAACCUAUGAGUAUUUCAUCUUAAUUAACGCCUUAUCUCAACGCAUCAUCUUCAACUAUGAUGAAAGUAGUAGAAAAUUAUGAAUACGACUUUUAUAGGUACACCUUGUUUCCUGAUCGCGGUAGAAUUUCGUGCCAAUAAUCACCAAUGUCCAAUCUGAUUUUUGAAGUCUAGAAAAUUGCUAAUCUGAUGUUGACUGUAUAUAUGUAUAUAUUUAGAUAUAGAAUGAUCUAAAUGAUUAAAAUCAUUAAUUGGCGCGUUUAGUUCCACUCUAGUGGCUUUUGGAGAAAGUCAGUGUCAUUUUAAGUGCAUUAUCAUUUUAAGUACAUUGUCAUUGUGGGUCUGACGUUCUUACACAUCAUUUUUGACAAGAUUUCGACUACAUAUGACUGUGUCUUCAACUAGUUGAAGAGAAAAUGUACAUUAAAACUACAAGCGGAGAGGAUGGCUCAUAUUAAUUAUGAAUGCUGAUUUUUCAUUCACUGAUUCGUAUCAAUAGGCAUAAAAGGCCUUCUGUAUAAUAUUAUAUAGAAAAUAUAAAAUAGAAACAACUGUAAACAAGCUUGUGAUAUGGGGGGAUAAAAUUAAAAUGCAAAAAGUUAGCACUGAAUCGAUCCUAUACUGCCAAAUACAUAUUCGGUUAUUACUAUAUACAUUCUUGCAAAGAUAAAGAGCGGAACUUUUUUGGUCCUGAACUAAGGAAUUAGUGCACACUGUUUCAUUCGAAUCUACAAGCUGAGAUGAGCGAGGUUUACUCAGUCGAUAUUCCUCGUGUACAGAGAGAGCCUAUAAUGUGCAAUGUUUACAUUCUCCAUUUAAAGUCAUUAAUAAAGCCAAUUGGCGCGGGAAAUUCCAUUCCUCCGUCUCUAAGCAAAAGAGCCGUAAUUUAAAUAUUUCACUGGCAAACACUACUCGUGUGAAUCGGCAUGUAAUGUCAGAAACAAAAUUGUCAAAAUAAUCUUGGAAUAGAUCUUUCCGAGAAGCACAGUUGUAUAAAUAGACAUACCUAGUUCGAUGUAAUGAUGUAAGGGAAAUCAUUAUAUAUGAUGGGGACAUGUUAGCUUAUACACCGCUAGCACUACGUGUCUCAUUCUAGUGUAUGGAAAAUAUUCAAACAUGCUCUUAGACAUUCCUGUUGAACCGGAUGAAAAGUACUUGAACCAUGUAUACAUGCAUUUUUGUUUACCUAUUUGCAUGUCUCGUUGUUUUAUGAUUCUAUAUGCGUGAUCAUAGAGUUAUAUAAGCUAUCGUUUCUUUUUUAUUUGGACUGAUAGAGCAAUCCAGUAUAUUAAAUAUAGUAGAACCAUGGCGUCAGCAUUUUGAUGACGAAUUACGGUUACGCCAAAAUCAUAGGAAAAACCAAGAAGUAUAGUGUAUAGUCUCUAUCAGUCUGUGAUAAUAUGAAACUGGUUUUAAAUAAAGUUAGGUUAAGUUUGUUAUAUAGCAUACUAAUUAAGUGCUUCGAUAUUUUGUGGCAUUUUAAUUAAUAUUCUUACUAAUUUUUAUUUCUAAUUGUUUCGUAUUUUCAUUCUUGUAGUUCUAAUUGUUUCUAAUCGUUCCAUAUUUUCAUUCUUGUAGUUCUAAUUGUUUCGGGCGUUCUUGGUUCAAUAUGUGCAGUCUUACUCAUCCUACUGUUAUACCUUAUUCGAGCUGUACGGCGCAAGAAUCACGCACCUUACAAAAAGAGGCAUCUCCCCCCGGGAAUAAUCAUACAAGAUGACAUUCCCCAGUUCAUGCCAGAAACCAUUCCCCAUAGAAUACAAACUACAGUCUCUAGUCCGCAGCCUAUUACCGCUGAACAGUUAGACAGUCGUAACUAUGGGCCUGAUAUGUCGAAAUUUUUCGGUCAUCGACAUGACGGUAUGUUGAGAUAUUGAUCAAGUCUGGUUUAUACUAUCAAAGUUUCUGUGAUUACAGUAGGAAUUUUGCAUAGGUAAAUUCUAAGAUUUGAAGGAUUUGUAAGAAAUGUUUGAGGAAACCAUACUGAGAUAUCUUAUAUACACUAGAUAGUGCAUCUAAUUAUUCUGCAAUUCAAAAAUUGAAGCCGUGAUUGCAGCAGACUCAGGAUAUUCCCAUGAAAUGUGAAGAUUCGUAUGUUUUCUAUUUCUUAAACAGGGAACUUAAACAUUAAGUUAAACCUAUUCCAAAUAAUUUUCAAACUAUUCAAAUGAUGAAAGUUAUUGUUGUUUUUUUUAAGCGUUUAUUAGCGAGUGGGAAACUCCAUAUGGCCGCCAUCUAUUCAAAUGGGGGUAACCGCUGGACAAAAAGAAAUGCGCUAUCUAGUGUAUAUAAGAUAUCUAUGGAGGGAACUCUGUGUUAAACACCAAGUCAGUUCCUCAAACCUUUAUUCCAAAUCCUUCAAAACUUAGAAUUUAUCUUUGCAAAAUUCCUACUGCGAUCACAGAAAUUUUGACAGUGUAAACCUGCCUUAACGUUUACGAAAGCCACCAAUACUAGAUUCCCCUUAUUACGUUUUCGUAGCGCUUUGCAUUGUGGUUAUAGUGGUAUGACUGAUAUUCAAGAUGCAUGGCUUAUUUUUUGUCUUGAUCCGUGCAAGAACUUUUAAAAAAGCCUAGAGUCAGGUGCGCGAUAGCCAACAGCAAAAUAUUCGCGAAAACAUUCAAUAUUUUCAUUCGAGGCCGCUAUCUUUAUCAGUGAUACCACUAUAACCACAAUGCAAAGCGCUACGAAAAAGUAAUAAGGGGAAUCAACAAUUGAAUGAUAAGAAAUAAAUUCUGUUUUUCUCUUUCUGAAGGGGGCCAAUUCCCGAGUGCAAUUUCCCUAGAGUACUUGAACACCCCGCCGAUUGGAUCUCAGACCAUCAAGAUCAAACAUCGUAACAAAGGCUACAGCUGCCCUAGCAGCCCAACUUCACCUUUGCGACGAAAGCGAGGCUUUAGUGAACCACCUUCGCCGCCGAAAACGAGGACAAAGCGGAGCGUGACGACUUCAUCGAGUUCGGAAGUUGUCGGGAAAUUGGAAUUCUCGUAUUAUUACGACGAAAAGAAUCGUCAGUUGCACGUGAAUGUCAUCCAAGCACUCCGUUUACCUGGGGACGAGAACUUGGAAAGUUACGUCAUUGCUAUAUUAAAACCGGAUGAAAUGAAUUGGCGGCGAGAAACGAAGUUUGUCUUCAACUCCAUUGAUCCGCUUUUCAAUGAGACCUUUCUAGUAUCAGGCUUCACUCAUUCAAAAAUACGCGAAUGCAGCCUGCAGUUCCUCGUGAUGAACAAUGCAGAGAAUAAAGCCAUUGGGCAACUUCACGUCUCUUUAACAGAUCUACAACCGAAUAAAAUUACAAGUAGAUGCCUGAGCCUCAGUCCUAUGGUUUCAGAGAAAUUGGUAUGUAUAUUACGUAAAUGAUGAUUUACACAACACAACCUUUCCACUGAUGCAUGUAAUUUACUUCCAACUUGAGUUACACUGUGUAAAUGAAGCCCUGCACAAUACGCCAACAAUGUCCUAGACGAGUUGUAUGCUUGAUUUACACAGUACAACUCAAGUUGUAAGCAGGUUGCAGGCGACAGUUUUAGGCAAAAGUUGUGUUGUGUAAAUAAGCUUUAAAAGUAUAUAAAGCCUUUUCAAUAAAGUUGUCUUAAUCGGUAAAAAUCGUUUUAAAAAUUAAGUUCUUUCGCGGCUGUUUCGCGUCACUUUCAACAUUUUUAAUUAAAACUCGGUGACAUUUAACAUUCGUAAACAUAUCCAAAAUUUACUUUAAAAAAACGGAAACACUGUUCAUUACAGCAUUAAAUAGAUCAUACAGGCGGCAGUGAAGGGAUAAUGAUAUUUUAAAGUUUCAUCCAUCUAUAUAUCUACAAUAGUUCUUAUAUAAGGGACCUUCAAUAAUAUUUUACGCACUAUAUUUGAAGACAACGUUUCUAUAUAUCUUCUUAUACAACAGCAUCGUUUUCACUGCAAACAAAUAUAUUUAAUUCAAAGUCGAAUUAUGUGCUAAGCUGCAAAGUAUAAGCUACCUAAAUAACUGUAUAUGCGUUGUGGCAAAGUUGUCAUAUAUAAAGCGAUAUACUACUGCAUAAGUAACUGUAUAUGCUUUGUGGCAAGUUGUCAUAUAUAUAUAUAAAGCGUUAUACUACUAUAUAUAUUGUCUAAGGCUGUAUAAUUGGUCGGAUGCAUUUUAAUUGUCGGCGAGUGAGGAAGAGACAGUCAAGGAUAGUUUGUUUUAUAUUUAAAUAAAGCAGCCUAUCAAUAUCUUCAAAACACUUUUAAAAAACAGCUGCUGGAGCGUGUCCUCCCAAAAAACACUUAAGAGUUAUCUAUCUUUUCCUUGAAAUAAAUUUAAUUCAAUCUUGAGUAGAUGCAUGUUUUUAGGCACUCGCUCGCGUACAGUUGUUGUAUAAACCUUUUCCGGAAUAGAAUGAUUGCACGUUUCAGAGAAAUUAAUACUGUCCUGGGCUAUACUGUAAACAAUUUCUCAUACAAUGUGCAAAGCAAUUACCAGAAUUUGAGGCAUGAAUGAUAAAUGAAUAAGGAUAAAAAAUAUUGUAUUUUGAGUGAAAAAACAAUCCCGGCUUUAUGCAUAAAAUAUACGUCUAAUAUAUUUGAGUCACAUGCAUGCACUCUACAUGCUUAAAUAUAAUGACAUUUUUACUAUUAUGGAUGAAACAAAAAAUUUGACAGAAAAUUAACCUCACUUGACAAUUCGAUGUUGCUAAGCUUAUAAAAUUGAACUUUCUAUGAAAACAAAUCAAUAUGUAUAUUAGUUGAUGCACAGAUAUAAAACAUUUUCACGAACCAAACUCGUAUAUAUGCAAAUAAAUCAUGGAUAUAAGACAUAAUAUUCUCUUUCAUAUGAGAGUAAUUAAUAAAACACUGCAGCUGAAUUAAAUUACUUAAUUUAAGUGUUUUUUCUCUGCAAAAACAAAGCCCUAAAACACCAUGUAUAUUAGCAUAAUCUGUAAGCUUUCAUGCUUUCAAAGUGUUGUUCUUCAAGAGCCUGGCUGAUGACGAUUGUGGUAACAUUUGUUUUUCAAUUAUUACGGCUUCCCGAUUAUUAUUGAUAUUGAUUGGCCUCAGUUUUGGAAGCGAAAUUUGAUAAAGCUAAAUUAAAUAUUUAUAAGUUACAGAAAAUGAUAUCGAAAGGAAAUGAAAAAUAUGUGCACACUGUCAAGUCUGUUCAGUGUAAAUUACAAUGUGUACCGGAUGAAUUACUAUCCAUAAAGUCAAUAAACAAAGGGAAAUGAACAUGAAAAGUUACAGCUGCAGUCGAUAUUUAUAUUUUAAGUUAUCACUUUGUCCUCGCACUAAACAUUUUACAAAAGAAAUUUGCAUGUUGAAAUGAUUUCUCAAAUAUAAAAGCGAACACAAUAUGAUAAUUGUAUGCGACCGUUUGCCUCCUUUAGCUCUCAACGCAUGUUAUCUUAAAAACCGCUGAAAUAUGCAGGCGGGAAGUCACCCAAUCUUUUUAUCUCGGUAUUGCGAUGUAAUUUUAGAUUUUCUCAAAUUUAGACGGAUUCGGAGCUAAGUGAACGACCUCCAUUGGGAGAAAUGUUGGUUUCCUUGUGUCACAAUCCUUCUGAAGGAAAGCUAACGAUCACUAUCAAGAGCGCAAAAGGACUUCCUGGAGUUACAAAGUCCGGGAAAGUUGGUAAGUGCAUCAAAUGAAAGAAUGAAGAUGUUGUCUUAGCUGAGCGACCCGGGACCCGCCCCCACUCUUUUGGGCCCCUGGUUUUUACACAAUCUAUCCAGCUCAGUCUUUUUCGUUCUUAACCGUCCUCCAAUCCCUCUGAUCUCUUCAUUCCAUAAUGUCUCUGACCGGUUAUUACGUGUCCAUACCAUCUCAACUUUGCUUCCCUCACAUGUCUACUACCUCACAUCUUCUUCUAAUCUCUUCAUUCCAUAAUGUCUCUGACCAGCUCUCCUUCAUCUCUUCUUAUUACGUGUCCAUACCAUCUCAACCUUGCUUCCCUCACCUUCUCUGCAAUAUCUACCAAUCCACAUCAUCUUCAGAUCUCUUCAUUCCAUAAUGUCUCUGACCAGCUCUCCUUCAUCUAUUCUUAUUACGUGUCCAUACCAUCUCAACCUUGCUUCCCUAAUCUUCUCUGCGACAUCUACCACCUCACAUCUUCUUCUGAUCUCUUCAUUACUUAUACGAGAAUAUUUCAACUCCUACGUCCUCUUUGAAUAAUUCAAUAAUUAUGUUUAUUUUGCAGAUCCUUAUAUAAAGAUACGUGUAUUCUUUUGUGGCGAGAGAAUUUACAAGAAGAAAACAACAGUGAAACAUGACACUAAAACACCAAAUUUUGAAGAAUCGUUUGACUUUGUUGUAACAAGAGACAAAAUGCCUCAAACUAGCGUGAUCUUAAGACUUUUCCACCACGGACGAAGAGUCAAUGUCCUGAGUAAAAACGUUCUAAUUGGGGUUGUAUUUUUGGGAUAUCAAUUCGAAUUGUUUGGGCCACAUCCAUUUAUGUUGGACUACGGUGCAAGACAUUGGGCUAGUAUUAUAGAGAAACCUCAUUUAACUAUUGAAGAAUGGCAUCCAAUACAGGCUUUUUCUACCUGA